AAUUUCAUGUCGCCUGGGUGUUAUAGGAGCUCAAACUAACAUAAGGAAUGCAUUCCUUGUGGUGAAAUCUUUGUGUACGAUGUCCGACAAACAUUUUAUAUUAAUGACUAAAGACUGUAGUCAUUUGGCGAUUUGAGGAUGAUCAGUGGUUCGAAUUAGUACAGACCAAAUACCCCACCCACGUUUGAUAAAAAAAAAGUACUCAAACGUAGCUUUCUACAAGUUAUUUUUCGGUUAAGAAAAAACAUAAUUAUAACCAUCUUUGUUAUGAAAUUCUAGAGAAGGAUGGGUGUCGCCACCUUACGUUAGCAGUGGAAUGACUUCCCCUGAUUUGCCGCUCGCUACUUCCUGCUCUAUAUAUCGUCCGUGUGACGCCACGCGUUCAAUUUAACUGUUAUUUUUCAGAGUGUUUGUUGUCUGCAAGAUGUCACACCCAAGAGACUGGAAUCUAGACUGCAAAGUCUAUGUGGGAGAACUUGGGCAUGGUUGCCCGAAGCAUGAACUUGAGGAAAAAUUUUCAAAAUAUGGUACACUAAAGAAUGUGUGGGUAGCCCGGAGACCAGCUGGAUUUGCUUUUGUUGAGUUUGAUGAUCCUCGUGAUGCAGAAGAUGCUGUUCGAGCUCUGGAUGGAACGCGAAUCAAUGGCCGCAGAGUUCGAGUUGAAAUGUCUACUGGAAGGUCACGCAGAGGUAGAGGAUUUGGAGGUCCUCCACCAAGGGGACGACCUGUGUAUGAUGAAUAUCGGUUCUCACGCAGGUCACCUUCACCACGUAGGCCACGCAGCAGAAGUCGAUCCUUUUCUCCUGUUCGUGGUAAACGGAGUAGUCGCAGUGGCAGUCGAGACCAUGUCCGCCAGCACAGUGCAAGCCGAAGUCCCACUCGCAGCCGGAGCAGAGAUUGAGCACCAUGUGUCAUCAAAAAUUGUUGAGGAUUCUGUUUGUUGGAUGUAAAUGUGGUACCUUUUUUCAUCUUCCAAAAAUUGUGCUGUGUAUAUUCUUGAUUCACUCUUUGACCACAAAUCAGACAAACCAAAGGGGUCUCUAAAUCACAUUGAUACAUGUAGUUCAUGGAUCGUUUUUGUAAUUUGUAAUUGGUCUUUUUUUAAUCCCAAUGUUUUUGUUCAUUCCACAAUAGACAUUUUAUAUAAAAACACCAUCCAUGUGUCUAUGACUAUAGGAAAUGUUGGCAUUAAAACAAUGCUCAGACCUGAAAUUCUGCGUUAGUGGUGUGGACAGUGCAACUUAGCCAGUUUUGAAACCUGUAACAUGUUUGCCCUAAUCAACCCCCUUUCCCUUGUCUUGUACAAGGAAAGACUUGGGUGGUUCAUAAAUGAUUUUGUGCAUUCUCUUUUAGUUUAUGAGUAGCCUGGGGGUUUUUUUUUUUUUUUUUGGCUAUAUAGAAAAAAAAUGUCUUUGCUUUUAGUUUCUUUUAUAAGAUUAUUGGCAUCCUAAAUGAUUCUAGCCACACUAAAAUUCUCUAUAGCUAAUGUUAGCAUUUGAGUGUCUUUCAAAGUAUCAGUGCCAUUUCUUUAAAAGCCUAAAUUUCUAAUUUAAAAGAUUUCUGAUAAAUGUAGGCAUUAAUUUUAAUCCAUGCAAAUCAAACCCUGUGCAACCUUACAAAAUGUCUUAAAAAUUUCUGUUGAGUUUCCACCUAAGGUAUUGAAUGUGGAAAGCAGAAAUAAAAAGUAAAUGUGGGUAGAUAUUUACAUCACUUAUGUAAAAUUGUAUACUUCCCACUCAACCAUUGCACUUUAAUUUUGGAUGGGCAUCUCUAGCUUAAGCCACUUAUAAACUUAUCGAAACCGAAAAAAUGUUUUUCAUUCUUCAAAGACUUCAUGAAUAUCUGUUAUGUGUUCUGUGUUUUUAUGGUUGUAUGCUGCAAAUAAAUUUUAUCCAAGAAUUU